UAACCGGUACAAUGUCUUUACGGUUGUGUGUUAGGAAGUUACUAGCUAAAAAUGCGAAAACAAAUGUACGAUGUAUGUCAUAUUAUCCCAUAGACGAACAUAUCUUUGGAUUAAGCAGUGAACAACAACAGCUCAGGCAAUCAGUAUUCGACUUUGCACAAAAAGAAUUGGCGCCGAAAGCAGCUGAAAUAGACAAGGAAAAUAAUUUUAAAGAACUUAGAGAAUUUUGGAAAAAACUCGGAAAUCUCGGUUUGCUAGGUAUAACAGCAAGCCCUGAUUAUGGAGGCACUGGAGGAAAGUACUCCGACCACUGCGUCAUCAUGGAAGAACUUUCAAGAGCAAGCGGAGGCAUUGGUCUAUCUUAUGGUGCACAUUCUAAUCUUUGUGUGAAUCAAAUAAAUAGAAACGGAACUCAUGAGCAAAAGAGUAAAUAUUUACCCAAAUUAUGUUCAGGCGAACAUAUAGGUGCGCUGGCUAUGUCUGAACCAGGUUCAGGCAGCGACGUGGUCUCUAUGAAAUUGAGGGCAGAAAAGAAAGGAGACUAUUACGUUUUAAAUGGAAAUAAAUUUUGGAUAACUAAUGGUCCUGAUGCUGAUGUAUUGGUGGUAUACGCGAAGACAGAUUUAACCAGUAAACCACAACAUGGUAUAACGGCUUUUAUUAUAGAAAAAGACUACCCCGGUUUUUCCACAGCACAAAAGCUGGAUAAGUUGGGAAUGAGAGGAUCUAACACUGGUGAAUUAGUCUUUGAAGAUUGCAAGGUUCCAGCUUCGAACAUAUUAGGUGAAUUGAAUAAAGGUGUGUAUGUUCUGAUGUCAGGGUUAGACUUAGAGAGAUUGGUCCUAGCUUCUGGACCAGUGGGACUCAUGCAAGCUGCGAUUGACACUGCAUUCCAAUAUGCACACACCAGGAAACAAUUUGGAAAGAAUAUUGGCGAAUUUCAAUUAUUACAGGGAAAAAUGGCAGACAUGUACACAACAUUAAGUGCAACACGUUGCUACCUGUAUAAUGUGGCUAAAGCCUGUGAUGAAGGUCAUGUGAAUAGUAAGGACUGUGCUGGUGUGAUCUUGUACAGUGCAGAGAAGGCUACCCAACUUGCUUUGGAUGCUAUUCAAAUUUUAGGUGGUAACGGUUACAUCAAUGACUACCCAACUGGCAGAAUACUCAGAGAUGCAAAACUGUAUGAAAUUGGUGCCGGCACAUCAGAAAUAAGAAGAAUGCUCAUUGGAAGGGCUCUGAACAACGAAUAUAAAUAAUAAUACAAUAAAUGUAUAUAAAAUAAAUUAAUAUAUUUUUACA